AUGCGCGUGUCGGCCCCGGUCUGGAGAACCAAGCUCCCCGUCGGCCGCGACCACCUCCUAGGUGGCGUCAACACGUGGGAUGCCAGCGAGUACGACGAUGACUCGCCCGAGAGGCUAGGCGCCGUUGCAGAAUAUAGCGUAGCCUAUCUCUGGAGCCAGCCGGGUGGUGAUGGCGAUGCGACCUGGACUGGAGCAGCUCGGAUCUGUCGAGUCCGAGUAGUCUGA